UUAUUGACACUUUUGAGCACUAAGGUCCUGUCACCAGGUGGUUAGAGGUGUGACUAAAUAUAUGAGCCCAGGAUUCCAUUUCCUUUUCUUGUAUAGUUUCAGCUCAGGUGUGCAGGUAAUUGGUCAACAAGUCAGUGGUGCAGUUUCUCACCUACAGUGGUAGAUGAGCAGGGUGAUUGGUACAGGCACAGGCAUCUGUUUGCAGGAGGGGAUCAUGCUCUGAGGAAGGCAGAGGUGACUAAUAGAAAUUUCUGCAAUAUGUACAUUAGAUUAUAUUCUAUACCACUACCUUGGAAAUAAACUGUACAAGUAAUAAGAAAAAGGGAUCAGAAGAAAGUAUGAUAUUAUUUUGUACUAAGCAAUACCAACUAGAGAAGAUAAAAUUGUAUAAACGUUAGAAAAGGAACAUACUGAGGCUAAUUUUUCCCUCAUGUUUCAUGCUCUCCACUUUUUUCCAAAAUUAUUUGCAUUUGUCUCUCCUGUCCAAAGCAAAGUACCCAAAGAUGCCUAAUUCUACCACAGUGACUGAAUUCCUGCUUACAAGAUUUUCUGAUGUGUGGGAGCUCAGAGUUUUGCACUCCAUGUUAUUCCUACUGACGUACUUGGCAACCCUAAUGGAGAACUUUCUCAUUGUCACAGUAACCACUUUUGACAAGAGUCUUCACACCCCCAUGUAUUUCUUCCUUAGGAAUCUAUCUGUCCUGGAUACAUGCUACAUUUCUGUUACUGUACCCAAAGCAUGUGUCAUCUUCCUGCUUGACAACAGGGUAAUUUCCAUGGUUGGAUGUGCAGCUCAGAUCUUCCUUGUGGUUUUGUGUGCUUUUGCCGAGAUGCUGUUCCUCACUAUUAUGGCCUAUGACCGCUAUGUGGCCGUCUGCCAUCCUCUCCACUACCCUGUGAUCAUGAACCGUCGCGUUUGUGUCCAGAUGACACUGAUCUCCAUACUCAGUGGUGUUAUCUACUCAGGAUUUCACAUGGGCAACACAUUCUGGUUGAUCUUUUGUCAGUCCAACGUGGUUCACCUGUUCUUCUGUGACAUACCCUCUCUUUUGAAGCUCUCCUGCUCUGACACCUCCAGCAAUGAGAUUGAAAUUUUUGUCUCUGCACUAGUAAUUGCAGGUGGCUGCUUUUUUUUAAUCAUUAUGUCUUAUAUUCGCAUAUUUUCCACUGUGUUCAAGAUUCCAAUUGGGGGAGAGAGAGGAAAGGCCUUUUCCACCUGUGUCCCUCAUAUUGUUGUGGUAACAAUCUUUGCCAUCACAGGCUCUGCUGUGUACAUGAAUCCAAUCUCCAAAUCCAACUCAUUUCAGGACAUGAUUAUUUCUGUGUUCUAUUGUAUAGCCCCUCCUUUCCUAAAUCCUAUUAUCUAUAGUCUUAAAAACAAGCAGAUAAAAGAGGCAUUAAGCAGAAUUAUAAAAAGAAUGCUCUAUUCAGGAAAAUGA